GCCCUCAUCUCCUUCUAUUGACGUUGGAUUGGAUACUGAUCUGGAGUUUACUGUAUUCUACAGGCUAAUCAAUUUCACUGAGCCUUGUGCAAACUAUAAAAAAUCAGUCAACAGGGCAGUCUGAGUCUAUUUAGCCAACUGUGUUUUUAGUCCUUGACCAUUGGAGGAAGGCGUCAGUAAGAGCCCCUGCGCUCGGUCUGAACAUUAUGACACGCAUUGCUUGCGGUACGGUUUUGGGAACCAAAGGACCUUUCAUAUCAGCGAGAAACAAUUUUCAAAAAGCAUCAAGUUGACACACACCUUGACAGGGUUCUUGUUCCCACGCGACCAUCUCCACGUUAUAGCGUGGAAGACCGAGGGACCGCUAAUUAACUAGUAUUGUACGCGCCAAACACCUGCGUGUGACACAAAGAAGGCUGCCAGAAAUGCGUUAUCGCUGAGAAACACUUGACUGCAAAGCCGGUCAAAACAGUGUAGCCUACAGGACAUGAAGGGCGACGUCACUCAAAUGAACAGCAAAGGUCAGGUCCCUGUCCAGAUGAACCCAAGCAGUCAAAGACGGGAGGCCCCAGGAGGCCUUUUGGACUCGGUGAUGAAAGCGGUCAUCGUCAUUGGAUCUGGCCUCUUUGUCCUGGCAGCCUUUGGGAACUCCUUAACAUGGCAUCUGCAGAGGUUUUGGGGAGCAUCAGGAGACUUCUGGCAAAACCAGUGGACCAAAGUGCACCAGAGGUGGGAGGGACACGAGACAGCUUUGUUCUAUGCCGGGGCGAUGUUUGUGCCUUUCGUGGCUUUCUGGGGGUCCAAUCUUCUGCUCAUGCUGGUUGAUUACACUGGAAUGCCCAACUUCAUCACCCGUUACAGAAUACAGGUGGACAAGAACAACCCGGUUGACCCAGUGAAGCUGCGCCACGCGGUGAAGACGGUGGUCUUCAACCAGCUCUUCAUCUCUGUUCCCAUGGUGGUGGUGUGCUGGGCGGUUAUGUUUUCUAGUGGGAAUCCCUGCGGCCCAGAGCUGCCCACCUUCCACCGAGGCCUGUUGGAGAUGGCCUUCUGCGCCGUGCUGGAGGAGCUUAUGUUCUACUACUCGCACAGGCUGUUUCACCAUCCUGCCCUCUACAAGCAUUUCCACAAGCAGCACCAUGAGUGGACGGCUCCCAUCGGAGUGGUCUCUCUCUACGCCCAUCCUCUGGAGCACGUGCUGUCCAACAUGCUGCCUGCCCUGAUCGGCCCUGUUAUCCUGGGUUCCCACCUGGUCACAACCACCCUGUGGUACGCUCUGGCUCUGGUCAGCACCACCAUCUCCCACUGUGGCUACCACCUCCCCUUCCUGCCCUCCCCUGAGUUCCACGACUACCACCACCUCAAGUUCAACCAGAACUUUGGAGUCCUGGGGGUUCUGGACAGGCUACAUGGGACCGACGCUAACUUCAGGAAGACCAAGGCUUACGAGCGUCACACCCUGCUGCUCAGCCUCACCCCUCUGACCGAGAGCAUCCCAGACCCCCCCAAGAAGGUCCAGUGAUUCUCCCCCGUCACUUCUGAC